AAAAAAGAUCAAACACAAAACCAAAAGGUCUACGAAUCUCUUCUUCUAUAAUCUCUCUCUCUCUCUCUUUAGUCUUGUGCGUAUCUCUCUCAAAUCCUCUGAUCAGAUUCAAUGGCGAAGGAAUUGGCUGAUAAAGCUACAGAAGCUUUUCUAGAUGAUGACUUCGAUGUUGCUGUUGACUUAUACUCCAAAGCCAUUGACUUGGAUCCCAAUUGCGCCGCCUUCUUCGCCGAUCGUGCUCAGGCCUACAUCAAACUCGAUAGCUUCACUGAAGCUGUUGGAGAUGCGAACAAAGCCAUUGCGUUGGAACCUACGUUGGCAAAAGCCUACCUCAGGAAGGGAACUGCUUGUAUGAAGCUUGAGGAGUACAGUACUGCUAAAGCAGCCCUGGAAAAGGGUGCUUCUGUUGCACCUAAUGACUCAAAGUUUAAGAAGAUGAUUGAUGAAUGCGAUCUUCGCAUUGCAGAAGAAGAGAAAGAAUUGGUUCAACCAGUGCCACCGAGUUUGGCUUCAAGCUCGUCAACACCACUAGCAACAGAAGCUGAUGCUCCUCCUGUUCCAACUCCUGCAGCACCUGCCAAACCCAUGUUCAGACAUGAGUUUUACCAGAAGCCAGAGGAAGCGGUUGUGACAAUUUUUGCUAAAGGAAUACCAAAGGAGAAAGUAACUGUCGAGUUUGGUGAGCAGAUUCUGAGUGUUGUAAUUGAUGUUGCUGGAGAGGAAGCUUAUCAUCUUCAGCCGAGAUUGUUCGGGAAGAUCAUACCAGAGAAGUGCAGAUACGAAGUGUUGUCAACCAAAGUUGAGAUCCGUCUUGCAAAAGCAGAGAUAAUCACGUGGGCUUCCCUUGAAUAUGGCAAAGGGCAAGGUGUUCUGCCCAAACCCAAUGUCUCAUCAGCAGUGGCGCAGAGACCAGUGUACCCAUCUUCUAAGCCAGCAAAAGACUGGGACAAGCUGGAAGCUGAAGUGAAGAAACAGGAGAAGGAUGAGAAGCUUGAUGGAGAUGCAGCUAUGAACAAAUUUUUCAGCGACAUAUACUCAAGUGCGGAUGAGGACAUGAGGCGAGCCAUGAACAAAUCAUUUGCUGAGUCGAACGGGACCGUACUGUCGACAAACUGGAAAGAAGUUGGGACUAAGAAAGUGGAAAGCACUCCACCAGAUGGCAUGGAGCUCAAGAAGUGGGAGUAUUGAUCUUUUUAUAAUCUUCUUUUCUGGUUUUUGUCAAAAAAAAAUAUGACAAAUCUUUCGAACUUUUAAGAUUUCUUUCGUCUUUUCCUUGAAUUUGUCUCUCCAUUCUUGCCUGUGGUCUCAACGAACGUUCCGAUACUUUGAAAUUGUAUUAGAAAACUAAUCUCGCAAGUUUGUUUUAUCGAUAGACUUAUUUAAACGUUUCUCGACAUU